AGGUUGAAAUUGUCUCCAACUAUGUACUCUGCAGGUUUGGAGAUCCUUGGGAUGAUCUUGGCCGUGGCCGGUUGGCUGGGGGUGAUGGUGGCCUGCGGCCUGCCCAUGUGGCGGGUGGCUGCUUACAUUGGUCAGAACAUUGUCAUCUCCCAGGUGAUCUGGGAAGGUUUGUGGAUGAACUGUUCAGUGCAGAGCACGGGCCAGAUGCACUGCAAGGUGCACGACUCCAUGCUGGGGCUACCAGUUGACCUGCAGGCGGCUCGCGCCUUGGUCAUUGUCUCCAUGGUGCUGUGCAUCGUGGGCAUCGGCCUGUCAGUGGCUGGUGCAAAGUGCACCAACUGUAGCCAGGAUCUGAGCAGCAAACCAAGGCUCGUGGUGGCUGCUGGGGUAACCUUUGUGGUGGCUGGACUGCUGCUGCUGGUGGCCGUUUCCUGGACAGCCCAUGCCAUUGUCCUGGGUUUCUACGACCCGCUGCUGGAGGAGACAGGAAAGAGAGAGUUCGGUAACGCGCUGUACUUCGGCUGGGCUGCCUCCUGUUUGCUCAUUCUAGGGGGGGCCCUGCUCUGUUGCUCCUGCCCCCCCAGAUCGGCUACAGCGCCGAGUGGCAGUGGCUCUGUGCCUCCCCGCAUGGACUACACAGCUGUCAAAACCAUGUCAGUCAAUGGAUACACCAGAAGGGACUAUGUAUGA